AAGUGAUAAUUACAAUGAUGAGACUGAUGAUUCGUUUGGUGGCGGACCAAUUGGAUCGCGGGAGUCGUUAAACACCGAGAGAUGCGAGAUGUCCGUCUUGGGCACGUCUUGGGAAUUUGCACAGCCACGACCACAACAAGUUAUGAGCACUUUCUGCUUACGACACAUCACGGAUGUAUCAGUAGCCGGUCUUGGUCAAACCCAAGGUGUAUUCUUCUAAAUGAUAGAGAAAUCCGUGAGUUUUCCGUUGUAUAUUUGUGUCGCUAUCAUACUGUAUUUUUUCAACUUCUUCAUACAGUACGCACUGGCACCAAUUACCGAACAACAAGGGCUUCAGUUAGCUAUGGCUAUGCGACUCCUCAAAUCUUCUGGUCCAACUUUGCCUAUCGCAGCUCCCCCAGUUGUAAAGCAAAAGGCUUGCAUAUCUUGCCGCACGCGUAAAGUAAAGUGCAACAAAAGCUCACCUUGCACCAAUUGUACGCUAUGGUCACUUGAAUGCGUUUACCCGUCACCCAUCAGGAGAUGUCCCCGGCCUCGAAAAAGGCCAAUCGCAUAUCCCCCAGAUACGGGCGGUAGUGCAAAUAUCUCGCCAUCACUAUAUGAGAGGAUUCAAAAGGUGGAGGAGUUACUCAAAGACCUAACAAGUUCAAUCAACGACCAUAAUGGCUCUCUAUCUGAGACUCAUGAGCUCGGUGGGACGGGUGAUGCUUUCACAGAAGGCACUGAAGAUGCGAGAAGAUUGGAGGCCCUGGAAAAUGCUAUAGGGAAGUUGAUUAUUAUAAGAGACAGGGGCAAGCCGCUAGGUUUUAAACCCUUCGAUGGCAGGCCAAUCACUUCAGCCACAUUUAUCAAUGGCUUUGAGCCGAGUUUUGCAAGUAGCCAGAGUAUGAAUACCUCAUGGGCAGGGGGGGUGUUCUCAUUCAAUGACUCUACGUCAGAGACUGCAUCAUUGCUUCCAUCAACUGCCCAAACUCAAAUAUGUUGGCGAGCGUUCCUAGAAAAUGUCGACCAACUUGCCAAAGUUUUACACACACCAAGCGCACAAAGUGUACUUCGGAAGGCAGUUAACAACCCGACUUCUCUAAACAAUGGCCAGAAGGCCCUCUUGUUCGCCAUCUAUUUCUCAUCCAUCUCCAGCAUGCCAGUCAAAGAUGUUGAAGACUGCUUUAAGAUGGACAAGACUACGACACUGGCGAUGUACCGAGCUGCUACAGAGCAGGCUCUAACCACGGCAGAUUUUUUAGUGGCAGAUGAUCUAGUCACGUUUCAAGCGUUCGUCCUGUUCUUAUCAUUCAGCCGCUACGCGCAAGACGCAAAGUUAGUAUGGGCCUUGACAGGAUUGGCAAGACGUCUUUGCAUCCCCAUUAACGACGCGUCGCCGUUCACAAAGGAAAUGCAUAAGCGCCUCAAGUGGCAGCUAUGGUACCUUGACCGACGAGCAUCCGAUGAUCAUGGCACAGAUGCCUGCUCACCUGACCCGAUGAAAGACUGGGAGCUUCCAUUGAAUAUCAACGAUGAGGAUAUAGAUCCGACCAUGACAGUAGCUCCCAGUGCUCGCAAAGGUUGGACUGAGAUGAGCUUCUGCCUUAUACGUUUUGGAAUCGCCAACACCAGUCGAUCGCUUGAAAGCGAUCUUUCUCAGAGUCAGAAGGAAAGGAUGAUAAAUGAGUGUGGCUUCAAGAUACAGAGGGAUCAUCUAAGGUACUGCGACAACAGUCAACCAAUUCACUGGCUCGCUCAGCAUGUCAGCUAUGUUAUGAUUUCCGAGAUGUGGAUCAAGUUAUACAAUGAUGAAUGGCUAUCGAAUAAUACUUCAUCUGGGAUCCACGUUACCCGGAACCAAAUACUUCUCACAGCCAUCGACAUCGUCGACACCCCUCGUCGACUAGAAGCAGAGCCUCAAGCCAUAAGAUGGAAGUGGCUCCUCACAGCGUACCUCCAAUACCAUCCUCUUUCCUUUCUUUUGAAAGAACUCUGCCACAGUCGACAGAGCGAUACACUUGAGCGCGCUUGGGCAGCCACGGAAGAUGCUUUCAAGCGGUGGACAGAGGAUAACAAGACUUCAAAGAAUGGCAAGUUUCUGCUAGAAAUGUUGGAGAAGGCCAAAGCCGUAAGAGCGCAGAUCUCGGAAUGGCAGCCGUUAGAGGCUUCACUGCUAUCCCAAGAGCCCUUUGGUUCGCUGGAUGAUAUGACGUUGGUUAUGGCUGAUGCUACCUACCAAGACGUUGCACAAAUGACCGACCUUGCACCGUUCUUUCCGAGUGAGUGUCAGUUUGGGCACUCUCCGAUGCCCGAGGGCAUGUCCGAUGACAUGAAUUCGCUGGGAUAUAUGACACAUACCCCUUAUUUAACACCCGAGCAAUACAAUAGUUUUAACUGGACGAGCAAUGGGUCUCAUCUUGAGUUAUUGGAUGGUAAUUCCGAAGAUAUAAUGCUAGAUAGUGAGUACCAAUUUUGAACGGUGGGCGAUGGGCGUCAUGGAGUUGGGAAUCAAAAUCUAGAUGUUAUUGAGUUUCACUUUAGAUAAUAUGAUAUCAGUUGCAGUGU